ACACACCGAUUUCUUGCUGACGUGUCCUCCGCUGCAAGGGGGUGUCUGUGAAUCUGGCUGCAGCAGAUCUCUCCCAUUGCUCGCUUCUCUGCAGUGUGUCUAUGAAUCGGAGUUUUCACUUUCCUGUGAAACGGAAGCUCGUGAAGUUCAUGGGAAACUUGGCGAGGGAUCUGGCCUUUAAUACUCGAAGCGGGAGAUUGGACACUGCUUUUUCCCUCCUCUGAUUCAGGGAUUUCACGGGAGUACGAAUGAGGUUUUGAUUCUCGCAGUUUUUGGAAACGCGGGUUCAUUUGUGUUUUUUCCUGCUCGGGUUUCUGCUUGCUGAGGCUGGCUUCAGCUUGUUACAGUUUGCAUUGGAGUUUUAUUUUGGCCGCUUAUUGGGAUUCAGUUGGAAUAGCAUUUGAUAUUGCUGCUACUUCAGCUUGGAUCUCGAGUGCUGAGCUUCAGGGUCAGCUCGACGCUGGUUCCCUGGGGUGGGUGAUUGGAAAGUGCUUUGGUGAUGGAUUUUUUUUGUUUCUCCUUUUCUACUUGGCGGAAAGUCGACGAGGUUGGGAAAUAAUUGUUUGAAAUGGGUUGGUUUAGAUGGAAUUUAAGCUCCUUCUUUAAAGGGAAGGAACUUUUUGCCUAAAUUGUGGGAUAUUUGGAAUUUAUGUGUCGUAAUUGCAAAGAUUCGAGCUCUCGUUGCCUUAUUGAUAAUGCAAUAUUUUUCGAUUUGUUUCCUUAAUUGCCAAGAAAUUCCUCGCCCAAAUGCAUUUAUGUUCUCAUCAUGACUAGAGCUGUCCGCGAUAGAAUUCUCAAGGAGGCGAAUGGUGAUAUCGGUGAUCAUCUACGGAACCACAUUCACUUGACAAACUGCAUCCACUUGAAGAAUCACAUGCACAAGCACAGCCCUAUCUUGGCUGACAGGUCUCUUAUGAGGGACCUCAUCGUCCUUCAGAGGUCGCGAUCGCUCAGGGAUCCUUCUGCAAGUCCUCCCUCAUGGCAGUCUCCCUCAAUUACCGAUUUGCCAGCAAGGAUAGGGGAAAAUAAUGCUGUGAUUCGUGAAGGAAGAAGGUCAGUAGGAACUGAGAGUCGCAGGGUAGGUAGGACACUGUCAGGAAGUUCUCCACCCUUGGGAAGUUUUGCAACAUCAAAAGUUGCUCCGGCUGAGGUGAAUGUGGGCACUGAUGGGGCCACAGCAGUUAGUGAACACAGUGUUAAGAGUGAACUCCGAGAUGGUAGAAGAAUUCGGAGAGAAGAGUCAAGUAGGAGGAGUGAUAAAAACAGUGUUCUGGAUGGGCAUGAAGAAUCGUCACCUGUUCAAGAUGGGAAUCUUCUGCUCGAGGUUAUUUCUAGAAAAUCGGAAUCUAAAGAUAGAAGGAAUGAACAGAAGGAUAAGCAGGUCAGGGGCUUUCAAUUUAAGACACUAUCGGAGCAAUUGAAUUCUGCUCCAAUAGAUACUGAUGAUAUUGCAUCUUCGAGUGCUAAUGUAUAUGGGAGGCGAUCCCUGGAGAAAACCAUUGACGAACCUGAACCCAGCAUCCGUGGAAACUGCAGUGGAUUGAAUAGGGUUAAAAGGCGAAAAUUUCGAGGUACAAGGAGAAGCCGUAUGGCUUUACCUUCCAGAGACACUGGGGUUCACAAUGAAUUGUCUGUUGCUUCUAAUACAUUAGCUCAUGGUUCAGCUCAUUCAAAGCAUAAAAUGGAAGAGGAAAAUGAAAAUUAUGCCAACAAAAAUGUCAUUGGAGGACCUGGAAAUGGGUGUGGUAUGCCUUGGAAUUGGUCAAGAAUUCAUCAUAGAGGGAAAACGUUUUUAGACAUGGCUGGAAGGAGUUUUUCUUGUGGCCUUUCAGAUUCAAUGUUAAGAAAAUGCAGUCCAACUACACGUGGGAGAGGUAUUUCUGACACACCCUUAGCGUCUGAUCACUCAAGCUCAUCUGCAAAAUUUGAUGCCGAGGCACUGCCUUUACUGGUUGAGGCAUCUGGGUCACAGGAAAGCAUUGAAAAUGCUGGCUGGAAACGAGACUACUCUGGGGAAUUGGGAAUAUUUGCUGAUAAUUUAUUUAAACAUGAAGUUGAUUCUGACCUUGCUUCAGAAGCAAGGUGUAGUAACCGAAGAAGAAUGAGAGGGCACCAUCGUUCUAGACAUCAAAAUCUGACACAAAAAUACAUGCCACGAACAUUCAGAGAUUUGGUGGGACAAAAUUUAGUAGCCCAAGCGCUUUCAAAUGCUGUCUUGAAGAAGAAGGUUGGGUUGCUGUAUGUGUUUUAUGGUCCUCACGGUACAGGAAAAACAUCCUGUGCUCGAAUCUUUGCUAGAGCAUUGAACUGCCAGUCUUUGGAACAUUCCAAACCCUGUGGAUUAUGCAAUUCUUGCAUUGGAUAUGACGUGGGAAAGAGCAGGAAUAUAAGGGAAGUUGUUCCUGUCAGUAAUCUCGACUUUGAGAGCAUUAUGGAACUACUUGACCAUAUGAUAGCUUCUCAGCUUCCAUCACAGUAUACAGUGUUCAUUUUUGAUGAUUGUGACAGCUUUUCCUCCAAUUGCUGGAGUGCCAUCACAAAGGUCAUUGACCGAGCACCCAGACGUCUAGUUUUUGUCCUUGUCUGUUCAAGUCUUGAUGUUUUACCUCAUAUAAUCAUAUCCAGGUGUCAGAAAUUCUUUUUUCCCAAGCUGAAGGAUGCUGAUGUUAUCCAUACUUUACAGUGGAUUGCAACCCAAGAAAAUUUAGAAAUUGACAGAGAUGCACUAAAACUUAUCGCAUCAAGAUCUGAUGGAUCAUUGAGGGAUGCUGAAAUGACUCUUGAGCAGCUGAGUUUGCUUGGACAGAGAAUUUCUGUUCCUCUAAUUCAGGAAUUGGUUGGGCUCAUCUCUGACGAAAAAUUGGUGGAUCUUCUUGACCUAGCUCUGUCUGCAGACACAGUAAACACUGUGAAAAAUUUGAGAUUGAUAAUUGAAAGUGGUGUGGAACCAAUGGCCUUGAUGUCACAAAUUGCAACUGUAAUUACCGAUAUUCUUGCUGGUAGUUACGAUUUCAAGAAAGAAAGGCCUCGGAGGAAGUUUUUCCGACGUCAGCCAUUAUCCAAAGAAGAUAUGGAAAAGCUACGUCAAGCUCUGAAAACACUAUCUGAAGCUGAGAAGCAAUUGAGAAUGUCUAAUGAUAAAUUAACCUGGCUUACAGCUGCAUUACUUCAACUUGCUCCUGAUCAGCAGUAUAUGUUGUCCAGUUCUGCUGACACUAGCUUUAAUCACAGUCCCUUAGCCUUGAAUAAUGUGAAUGGAAGGGGUGUAUCAAGGAACACUGACCAGCAUGUUGAAGUACCUGGUAGUGGGAAAGGAUUGUCAACAGAUGUUAAGUUUUCUGGUCAUUAUGAUUCAUAUGACAAUAGAGUGGCCAAAGGCAUUAGUUUAGACAGAAAAAAACAUACUGGAGUUGGCGUGGCUCCUCAGCAGACAAUUGCAAGCUCUGAUGAUAUAAUCAAGUCUAGUGGAAAGCAGGUUUCUGGUAAAACUCAUAAAGACACUGAAGAAAUUUGGUUGGAGGUGCUAGGAAAAAUUCGGAUAAAUAGUAUUAAAGAAUUUUUGAUUCAAGAAGGGAAGCUUGCAUCCGUGAGUUUUGGUGCAGCACCAACAGUGCGCUUGAUAUUCAAUUCACAUCAUGCAAAAUCAAAAGCAGAGAAGUUGAGAGAGCAAAUCUUACAAGCAUUUGAAUCUGCUCUUGGGUCCUCAGUGAUAAUUGAAAUUAGAUGUGAGUUGAAAAGGGAGACUACAGUUGGGAAUCAUUCGUCGGUUACAUUACCUGCCUCCAAGAAUGGUUCAUUGCAGAUUAGGGACUUUAAUGGUUAUAAGCCUCAAGCUCAGUUAUUGCACUAUGGCUCCAGUGAGGUUGGAAGAGGUGAAAUUGUCGAAAUUGAUGCUUCACCAAGGGAAACCUAUAAUGAUAAAAGAGAAUCAAAUGAAAGGAAUUUAGAAGGUUCGCAAGGAGAAGUAUCAGUCUCACGUAAGAACUCUACCAUGUCAUCAAUUUCAGAAAGAAGGGAAGGCGGAGCUCAAAGUCAGAGUCAAAGUAUUGUGAGAAGCAAAGUAUCUCUGGCACAUGUUAUUCAGCAGGCAGAAGGAUGUUCACAGCGAAGUGGAUGGUCCAAACGCAAAGCUGUAUCUAUAGCUGAAAAACUUGAGCAGGAGAACUUGCGACUUGAACCACAAUCAAGAAGCUUGUUAUGUUGGAAAGCAUCUAGAGUAACUCGAAGAAAGCUCUCACGUUUAAAAAUUAGAACUCGGAGGCCACAGUCAUUGCUGAAACUUGUCUCCUGUGGGAAAUGUCUCUCUGCUUAGUUGGCAAGGUAAUAAUUCCAGCCGGAAAGGAAGAAGAGGGAGAAUUGUUUUGGGGAUUGAUUAACUUCGUUUUUUCUUUUAGUUGUAUUUAGUUUUUUUUUUUUUUUUGGCCCCAUGUUGAUUACUAGGCUGAUUUUUAUCUGUGAAUUCAUUUUUAUGAAAUCUAUUAAUUUUUCAUGGUAAAAAUAGGAGAGGAUUAUAGAAUGCAGUCCUCAUUUGCUUGAUCUUUGCCCCCUCAAAUUCAAUUUCCGCCUUGUAAGAUUAGUUCUUUUGAGAUUUACGAUACACUUCUAACUUCACUUCCACAGUAAUCAGUAUCUUGAAAGCAUUUAACAGAGUGACAUCAGAUUUCAUUGAAAUUGUAUCUGAUAUUUGUAUUCAAAUGUUUAA